GGCACAUGAAACCAAACAUACCCCUCCCUCACAGACACACACUCAGAAGACACAGCAGAGGAGAGCAGAGCACACCAACCCACAGAGAGUGAGCCUCUAACUAAAACAGAAGCAGACGCUUGUAGUGCAUCAUCUGGAAUCUGCAGCUGUCACUGGCCAAGAAACCAGCUCCCAGAAGAGGAGGGUGUGAGCCGCAGGCCUGGGAUGCUGAGCUGCCCCUCUGGCUGUGCCUGCUGCCAGGGAUUCCAGAGGAGCAGUGCUUCACACCCAUGGUGAAGAGCUGCCGAGGAGCCCCCAGUGAGACCAGCCCAGGGAACAGCCACUCCUGCUGGGAGAGGGACUACCACAAUGCAAAUGAAAGCCACAACCCAAUUCAGCUCCUCCAGGAACGACAGCAACUGCACCAGUGACAGCAGGGUCAGCCAAGUCAUCUUCCCUUUACUCUACACAUUUCUGUUCCUGGUGGGGAUCACUAUGAAUGGCCUGGCAAUGUGGGUCUUCUUUAAAAUAUCCAGUAAAUCCAAUUUCAUCAUCUUCCUCAAAAACACUGUAAUUUCUGACUUCCUCAUGAUCUUGACUUUUCCAUUUAAAAUCCUCAGUGAUGCAAAGCUGGUAUCCUGGGUCCUGCGAGGGUUUGUGUGCCAGGUCACCCAGGUUGUGUUUUACUUCACCAUGUACAUCAGCAUCCUGUUCCUUGGUCUGAUCACUGUGGAUCGCUACCAGAAAACUGCCUCACCUUUCAGAACAGCAACUCCACGGAGCCUUUUAGCUGCCAAGAUCCUGUCCACAGCAAUCUGGGUGUCAAUGUUCGCUCUCUCAUUACCCAACAUGAUUUUAAAUAAUAAGAAGAAAACACCCAAGAGCGUAAGGAAGUGUGCUCUCCUCAAAUCAGAGUUUGGCUUAGUCUGGCACGAAGUUGUAAACUACAUUUGUCAGCUCAUCUUCUGGGUUAACUUAGCAGUCAUAGUGGUGUGUUACAUCCUCAUCAGCAAGGAACUGUACAAAUCCUACAAAAGGACACGAUGCACAGGCAAUGCAUCCAAAAAGACUGUCAAUCUCAAGGUUUUCAUAAUAAUUGCCGUGUUCUUUAUUUGUUUUGUGCCGUUCCACUUUACCAGGAUCCCCUACACCCUGAGCCAGACGAGAGAUGUGUUUGACUGCUCUGCCCAGAACACGCUGUUCUACCUGAAGGAGACCACGCUGUGGCUGACGUCCCUCAACGCCUGCCUGGACCCCUUCAUAUACUUUUUCCUUUGCAAAUCAUUCAGGAAAUCCCUGCUGGACGUGCUGUGCAAGCACAGGGCCGUGCUGGGGCUCGGGGCACACACAAAGGAGCAGAACGAGGGCGAUGACACUGAUGAGACUCCGCUCUAGACCUCAGGGCUCCACACGACCCUGCCUGGCCACACACGACUGUUGAGGGUGGCAGGAGCACAGAUCCAUGAAGAGUGCACAGAACUUCACCCACUUCCUGAGAAAUAGUCCUGCAGAUGAAGCAGGAGCACCCUGGAACCACUGCCUGCAAAAGCAGAAAGCUUAAAAAACAAGAGGAGCCCCCGACCCUCAACCUCCAUCCCUGCCAAAACAGGAGCUCCCCUGAGCCCAGCCUCCACUGAGAACUGCUGGGGAGAAGUCUGAACUCAAAGGUGGAACUGUGAGGAAAAACUUAAAACAGCAUCAUGAAAUGCUACAGAUGGUAUCACGAACUUGUAAAGGUUUUGCAGAAAUAGCUGAACUUGGGCCAGAGUAAAGUCCACAACAACACAGGAUGUGGGAAAUGCAGAUCAAGUCCACAGUACAUGUGAUUUUUCAAUACAGGGAGUUGUCACCUUGUAUGCAAUGGGCAGGCAAACCAAAGCCUAGGCCAGAUGUAGAGGACCCAUUUGUGCAGAUUUUUGGUAACAGAAUAACACUUUGCUUAUCUCAUUCUAUGCUUGCAGUUCCUAAUCCAUUGACCAAUAAUUAAUAGUUGUAUGUCAGAGAAAAUUAUUUCAUAAUCAGGCUUAUCUUGAUAUGAAUUCAAUCCCCAAAGCCUUCCCUGUACUACAUAAAUAAACAAAACUCUAUGUUUUCACAGAGAACAUUCUAUUAGAAAACAUACAAAUGCUCAAUUUACAUCAUACUGAGAUCCUGGGGAAAGACAGGCUCAUGGUAACCUCUUUACUGAUGAUUAAGGGCAGGUUUUUGCACUAUACAAAAUACUCAACCACUUCCCUUUUUGCACUUGGAAAACCUGAAAAAACCAGGGAAGUAUUUUCAAGUACAUGACAUUCUGAGGUAUCACAGCCCU